AUGUUUGUUUCAGAAAAUUCACCGUUCGCAAGAUUGCCAUCAAAAUUACGUGAAUUUCUUGUGAACUACACAAUAUCUCAUGGUAUGGAUACGACUGCAUUGAAGAUGGAAGAAACAUCUGCACAAUGUUCUUCGAUUGGCACACUGAAAAACGUCUCUGAUCAACUGCCAAAGCCACAACAACGAAACAUUGAAACACAUUUGGAUUCGAGUGGAGCUGAUAAGAUCAGUGAUAGUAUUAAUAAUACCAAUAAUAAUCAAAAGGAUACAGAUUCAGAAUCCUCUAAGAUUACUUCAACACUUGAAGCAGUUAUUGAGUCAGCCAUCUGCAGUCGUUCUGCUAAACCGACAUCACUUUCCUACAUGGGUAAAAAAUACGCAUUUCUGAUGAAUUUUGUCAGUUCAAUUUGUUGA